AUGCAUUUCUCUCAAGCUACCAUUGCGGCCGUUGUUGCUGCUGGCUUCGUCUCUGCCGCCCCGACCAUUGAGAAGCGUGCUGGUAUUACCGAUGCCGACAUUAUUCAGUAUGCUCUGACUCUGGAGCAUCUCGAGGACACCUUUUAUCGCGAUGGUCUUGCCAAGUACAGCGAGCAAGACUUCAACAGCGCCGGCUUCGACUCCAAAGUCUACAACAACAUCAAGACCAUUGCCAGUGACGAGGCUGCUCACGUCGACUUUUUGACAAAGGGUCUCCAGGCCGCUGGUGCCAACCCUGUCGCCGCCUGCACCUACGACUUUGGCUACAAGGACGUCAAGUCGUUCCUGGCCACUGCCUCCAUCCUCGAAGGUGUUGGUGUUUCCGCCUACCUUGGCGCCGCCGCCGACAUCAUGUACAAGGCGUACCUGACGGCCGCCGGCUCCAUCCUGACCGUCGAGUCGCGCCACUCGUCCUACAUCCGCGCCAGCCUCGACCAGAAGCCCUUCCCCCAGCCCUUUGACACGCCCCUCUCCUACAACGAGGUCUACUCCCUCGCCUCGGGCUUCAUCAAGUCCUGUCCCGAGACCAACCCGCCCCUGCCCGUCAAGGCCUUCCCCGCCGUCGCCGUCGCCGCCGACACCAAGAUGCCCAUCAAGGCCGGCGACGAGAUUGUCCUCCAGACCCCCGGCUACCAGCUCCAGGGCGACAAUAGCGACACCAAGAUUUAUGCUGCCUUUAUUGCCGUGACUGGUCCCGUCUUUGUUGACGCUUACCUCGUGGAUGGCGGCUUCAAGGUUCAGAUCCCCGAGGGCUUCGCCGGCCAGACCUAUGCUGUUCUGACCAGCUGCAAGGAUGCUGUCAACGAUGACACUAUUGCUGCUGGCCCUGCCAUUAUUGAGAUUUCUUCGUAA